GGCGGGGAGGGACGGCCGGCCGGGCGCCUCUCCUGCCGGGAGCGGGAGGACGGGCGAAACUUUCCUCCCCGGCGGCGGCGGCGAGGCACCGGCAGCCGCCGCGGCGAGCGCCGCCAGCAUGGGCCCCGACACGCUGCCGCUCGGCACCUACGGCGGGGCGGCCGCCGCCGCCGCCCUGCUGCUCUGGGCCGUGUGCGUGCUCUGCAGGAGGAGAAGAAAGACUGGAGAGCCCCCACUAAUAAAUGGCUGGAUUCCUUACCUUGGGAAAGCUUUGAUUUUUAGAAAAGAUGCUUACAAAUUCUUGCUGGAUCAGCAAAAGAAAUUUGGAGAUAUUUUCACUGUACAUAUUGCUGGUGAGAAAUAUUUUAGUAGAUAUAUUACCUUCAUCAUGGAUCCAUUUCAAUACGUCUAUGUCAUCCGAAAUAGCAAGCAACUUGAAUUUCAUGAAUUUGCCAAUAAAAUGGCAUCCAAAACUUUUGACUACCCAGCCUUGUCAAAGGGAAAAUUCCCUGAGCUCAAGGAAAACCUGCACAGAAUCUACCAGUAUCUACAAGGCAAGCCUUUGGAUAUCAUUUCUGACCACAUGAUGAAAAAUCUCCAGGAUAUAUUUGAAUGGAAAUGCUCACAAGCAACAGAUUGGGAAACAGAAAAAAUGUACAAAUUCUGCUGCUCUGUAAUGUUUGAAGCCAGUUUUGUAACACUAUAUGGAAGAGUUCCUGCUGCAGAUGGCCACAAAGUUAUUAGUGAAAUCAGAGACAAAUUUAUCAAGUUUGAUGCCAGCUUUCCCUAUUUAGCUGCAAACAUACCAAUUGAGUUGCUAGGAGCUACCAAGAAGGUUCGGAAGGAGCUUAUACAUCAUUUUUUACUUCAGAACAUGACAAAAUGGCUGGGAGGGUCAAAAGUGGUCCAAGCCAGACAAGAUAUAUUUGAGAAAUAUGAGCUGCUUGGAGAUUAUGACAAAGCAGCACAUCAUUUUGCCUUCCUGUGGGCCUCUGUGGGAAACACGAUUCCAGCUACAUUCUGGGCCAUGUAUUAUCUUCUGCGGCACCCAGAAGCUCUUGCAGCGGUGCGUGACGAGAUUGACCAUUUGCUGCAGUCAACAGGUCAAAAGAGAGGGCCCACAUAUAACAUCCACCUCACCAGAGAACAAUUGGACAACCUGGUCUACCUAGAGAGUGCCUUAAACGAGAGUUUAAGAAUGUGCUCGUCCUCCAUGAACAUCCGCAUCAGCCAGGAGGAUUUUGUUCUCAAGCUUGAAGGGAAUCAAGAAGUCGUUUUGAGGAAAGGAGACUGGAUAGCCCUUUACCCGCAGAUUUUGCACAUGGACCCUGAGGUCUAUGAAGAUCCGAAGGAGUAUAAGUUCGAUCGAUACAUAGAGAACGGCAAGAAGAAAACCACAUUCUACAAGGCAGGAAGAAAACUGAAGUAUUUCCUAAUGCCCUUUGGCUCUGGGAUCAGCAUGUGUCCAGGGAGGUUCCUCGCAAUGAACGAGAUGAAGAUGUUUCUUUUCAUACUAUUGUCUCAUUUUGAUGUAGAACUAGCAGAAAACAAAGCUGUCAGACUUGAUAACAGUCGCAUGGGCCUUGGUAUCCUCCUGCCAGACGUUGAUAUUGCCUUUCGUUACAAGCUAAGGUCCUUAAGAAAUUGAGCAGCUGCCUAUAUGCUUUCCACUAAUCUCCAUGUUCACUCUUUUUCAUCACUCAGCUUUAUGUUUUUGGAAACAUUUGCUUUUCCCUCUCUGCUUUUACCUCCUUCCUCUUUGUUUCUAAGGAGAAAAGCCAUUGUGCUGGAGGUAGAGACCAGAUGCAGGGAUGUGCAACCUCAAUUUGUCCUGCUUGAGUUGUGAGAAGUGAGGUGACAUGACAAGAGCCUGGCCAAGUAAAUAGCCCAGCAUCCCUACAGGGUGCAUCCCCAUACUCUUGGCCAUGAGAUGAGCAGGAUUUACAGGGAGGAUGAAUCCAGGCCACUUACAUGGGAAAUGGGCUCAGCAGCUCUCUGUCACAGGGUUAGACUGGGAGGUCCCAUACACCCAUCAUCUAGAGGAAUAGCAGCAUCUGCUCAUAGAAGCAUAAUAACAAGAAAGGGGGAGCCUAUUUCUAGAAGAUGAGAGAAUUUCAUGUGAUUGUUAUCCUAACUUUAUAUUUACUUCUUUCAUGGCCUUGAGAGUCUUAGCCCUUUAUUUGGGAGAUGUGAUGGAAGUUGUGUGGGGUGGUGGAGGUUGAUUUGCAAGAAUGUCUUACUGACAACACAGUUCUAACUUCAGGUUUAUGUACUGAUGGUGAAUGCUUUGAUUUCUUGCUCCUUUCCUUUUUUUUUUUUUUUUUUUUGUGCAGUGCAAAAAAAAUUAAAAUAUGUGAUUUCUUUCCUGCAAUCAUUUAAAGUCAGAAGAGAAGUUCUGUUGAUUUUAAUAGGCUCUCAAUCAAGCCUAAAUUAUCUAUUUUGGCUUUGAGCCCCCCCCCAAAAAGCAUAUUCUUCAGGAAUAAAAUAUGUAAGCCUGUUUGAAAUUAUUCUAUCACCUCGAAAAUUCUCUUUCUCUAACAGUUUCUCAGUUACAUGUUUGUGCAUUUAUUUUAUGACCAUUUCUUAUGUUCAAUUCUGCAAAAAGGCAAAAGAGGAAGAGGGUUUCAAGGGCAAGUGUGAUAUCUAAAAAUGCUUUUUAACAUUGUUUUACUUUGCCUAAGUUACGCAUAGGCAGAGCAGUGUGACCUGUGUUUGGAAACAGACUUGUCCAUCUGCAAAUUGGAAAAUAGGCUCUUCCCUGGGGCCAAAAUUUGAGCAAGUGAAAACCCUGGGCAGCCACAGAAGUUUAUACUGGCUGCCCAACCUGCUUCACUGGGCACCCAGCUCUUGUUUGGAAAAUUAAUUUCCUAGUGCACAAAAUCUGAGAUUUUAGACCCUGUAUCUCUUCCCAUCCAUCACUUCAGAGAUUGAUGAGGAUUCCCGUGGCUGUCCAGUCACAGUUUGCCAAGAUGAUAAUUGUGAUGGCAGAGUAGCCACAUCUGUGGGCCUUACCUUAUGUUCCUAAAAAACUCUGGCACAUCUCUUUGGGAUGUGCCAGAGUAAGUCUUUCAAAAUCAGAAAUUCUACUCAUCUGUAGAGCACUUGAUGGCCUAUGGAUGAAAACUAUUAUCUACAUACAAUUAUUUAUUGUUAUUUGUGUGGAAGCUUGUUCAGUUAUUUGUGUAAAGCACAUGCCCUAAAUAAGUGUCAGCAUCAUUAGAAAGAUUUUCAGAGUUUGGUACAGCCACAUUCCAAAUCCUCCAAGAAGAAAAUUGUGGUUUUAUGAGAUAUAUUGGAUAAACAUUUUCUCUUCAUGCAUAGUAUCAAUAAUGUCUACAAAUUUAUAAUACACUUACAUUAAAUGGGCUUUGCAGUUGAUUAAAUGAUUUAACUUUACUUCAACAUUUAAUCAACAGCAAAAGCUGAUUAUUGCUUUGUGCCACAGAAUGAAAUCGGGUUUUAUGGAGACAUUCUUGUACUCAGGUUACUUACUCCUGUGGUUACUCUGUAGAAGCUAUUCUGUACUUAGCUGUAGCUCAAAAUCCAGUUUGGACAUUAGAGCCUGGUUUAUUGAGAGAGGGAAUGUUGAUAUCAUUACACUGUUGACUGUAUUCCAUUACUGCUUGUAUGUAAGCUGUAAAAUGUCUCAUGCUACAAUUAUGAUGAAUCUUUAUUUGGCAUCCAACUUUAAAACAAACCUGAAGCAACUGCGAAAAUAACAGUGGGUAUUUGUUUUAAACAGAAGCCUCUUUUUUAUAAUUGUAUUCUGUUUUUAGGAUUUUGAGUUAGAGUAUCACUGGCUGCUGCAUAAUUUGAUAGGGCAUAAUAAGACUUUGCCAAAAGUACAUGCAAAUCAUUAGUAGUUUUAGAUUAAUUGCUGAUCAAUUUAUAUAGUAUCUAUUCUGAAAUUAAAAGAACUAGAUUGUCUCCAAAGUAGCAAAUUAAAUCUGUAUGGUAUGUUUCAUUUUAAAAAAUGAAGGAGAAAAGGGUCAGAAUCUUUCCCAGGAAACCUCUAUGAAACCACUUGGAGGUCUUGCAUCAGAGUUAAAGAGCACCACGCAAGACACCAGCAUUCUGCUGGGAUAAAAGUUGCUUGCUCUUUUUGCUCAGGAACCAAAAUAAUCAAAUGCAAAGCAGGGUCUGCCCAGCCUGGCCUGGAAUUGUGUCCCUGGUAACCCAGGCUCCUGGUAGAUUAGUUUGGCUGGUAAGCAAUGCAGCCAAACUAAUGGCAUACUUCAGCUGCUGAGGAAGUCAACUUUGCCUCCAAGUAAAGUCAUGAGAGCUGGAGCUGGACAGAGAGGUUAAGCCCUUCUGGUCCAUGCAUUCAGCAGCUGAGGAGGGGACAUACUGAGAGUCAGCAGCUGGUCUGACCAGGAGUGACUCAGUCUCCAUGGAGCAGGACUGAAAGGCCCAUUCCUGGUCAAUAAGUUGAGGCAGCACAACAGGGUGUCGCAUCCCCAAAAGCGCCAGCUGGAGCCAAGCUAGCUGCAGGGUGCUGUGCCAAGAGGAGCUUGUUUCAUUACAGAGGGCACAAUGCCAUUUUUGGUGACCUCCUCUGCUGCAGGACCCAGGAGUGUGCAGCUCUGUCUGUCACCAAAGCACAGAGGCAAAAUCAUCUAAGCAGAAAGAGCAGUGCUCUUUUCCAGCGUUCAGGUGCUGGUGGGGCGAGGCAGACCUGUGCUUCCCCCUGCCACCUUUCCAGCAGGGGGGUCUGCCCUGCCAGCCCAGUACCUGCUGGGGGCAUCCACAGACAUGGCAGCUGCAGGGGCAGGCAGGAUGAGUAUGUGGGUGCCCCCAGAAUUUCUCUGCUGUUCCUCAAUGAAUUGAUGUAGUCAGCAUCAUUUAGAGAUGUGACUCAGCUGGUCACUACCAGCCUCUGACUGUAAGUUGAUGGUGUCUAUAGCUAAAUCAAUAGUAUCUUUUGCUAUUAAAAAAAUAUAUAAGCACCUUUUUUUCCUCAUUAAAAAAUGGGUUUAUUAGGUCAGUAAGGCCUUUUUUAACACCCAAGAAGAAAGUUAAUUUAUCAUGAACUAAUGUGAAUGCUAAAACAUAAUUUUUUAAUUAUUCUUCUUAUUUUAAUUUACAGAUUGAAUGUUGUCCAUUUUCAUGCUGGAACUUAGUACUGCUAUUUGCUAUUGUAAACUUUUUAAAAUGUUCCAUUAUUUAGGAAACCAUCUAGUUUAUGUGUACCUGUUUGCAAAUUAGAUUUUCAUCUCUGUCAGUAUGUCCUAAUGUAAUAAUAUAAAACCAUGUAAGAGUUGUUUUUUAGUUUAUGCUUUUAAGCCAGCUGCAUGUCACUCUUCUUGGCACUGCUAUCUUUAUGAAUAAUUACUGGUCUGUGAAUUUCUCUUGUAGAAUUAUACAUGAUCUUUUAUUUUGUCAUUAUUGAACUUUCUGUCAUUCAAGAGAUUGUGAAGUGCUCUUAAUUUUGCAAACUCACAAUUUGUAUAUAGAUGAACAAUGGCUAGGUUCAACUUUAACAGUUAAUAUACAUUGUUGAAGCUCCUAGAUCAACUAAGGUACUUCUGAGCAAGAAAAUCGAAAUUUCAUUAUUUUAGUAAUCUAACAUCUUAAGGGAAUUUUGUAUUUCAAGGACACAAUAAAAAGGAUUGUAUCUAUUUUAAUAUUGAA